AAUUUAUUCCCCCCUGCUUUUGAUUUGUGACCUAUACCAGGGCUGCGAAACAUCGAUUGGUCUUGUGGCUGAUGGAUUAAGCUACCACUCAGGCACAAAACAAGUGUACAGGGGGGGAGGGAGAGAGAGGAAAAGCCCUGCCCAGAACUGAAUGGGAGAGCAGUUGUUGAAUCCUGCCUGAAUCCAGCCAUUGGUGGUCACUGGCUGCCUUGAAGAUAACCAGGACUUCCUCCGGCAAAGAUUUCGGCUUUGCCUUGGCAGGCGGCUGCCGCUGAGUUUCUGGAGAGGGCUUUCGUUGCCCUGAGUUUGCCAGCCAGCUCUGAAUAUUUUUUCCCCACUGUUCUUGGAGUCGGAGGCGCCGUUGCUAUUCCAAAGGAAGAGAUGCACUGAAGAUUAAACAUGUAUGGGAAUUAUCCACACUUCAUUAAGUUUUCCCCAGGCUUUGGCAAUUCUCCAGCUCACACCAAUUCAUCUUCUGCAAAUCUGGCACCAGCCCCUCCCACAGGGCACUCCAUAGAUGGUCAGCCCACCUCCCUGGAGACCCCCCUCCAUGCUUCAAGGACCCACUCCUCCCCAAUGAACUCAAUAGGGUCUGGCCAUACCUUGAACUCUCCAUACAGAGUCAUCACAUCUUCAGUUGGAUCGCAAUCUGCUCCCCUGUCAUCGCCACCAGGCAUACCUUUUACAGCCCAUUCUAGCCCUCAGCUCAAUGCCAUGAAUGCCAUCAGCAACUCUGAAGAUGUGAAACCUCUGCCAAACGUACAAGGGAUGGGAGCCAUGAGUUAUGCAUCCACAAGGCCAGAAUCCCUGACCAAGCACAUCUGUGCAAUUUGUGGGGACAGGUCAUCAGGAAAGCACUAUGGGGUGUACAGCUGUGGAGGAUGCAAAAACUUUUUCAAGCGGGCCAUCAGGAAGGACCUUAUCUACACCUGCCGUGAUAACAAAAACUGCCUGAUUGAGAAAUGUCAGCGGAAUCGCUGCCAGUAUUGCCGCUACCAGAAAUGCUUAGCAAUGGGCAUGAAAAGAGAAGCGGUUCAGGAAGAGAGGCAGAGGAGCAGGGAGAGGGGUGAAAACGAAGCCGAGUCGACCAGCGGCAGCACCAUCAGCAAUGAAGACAUGCCCGUGGAGAGGAUUUUGGAAGCUGAAAUGGCCGUGGAGCCCAGAACGGAACCUCACAGCGACACAAGUGCUGACAACUCAACCAACGACCCCGUUACUAACAUAUGCCACGCCGCUGACAAGCAGCUGUUCACCUUAGUGGAAUGGGCCAAACGGAUCCCCCACUUCUCCGAUCUGACACUGGAAGACCAAGUUAUCCUUCUCCGUGCAGGUUGGAAUGAACUGCUGAUUGCAUCUUUCUCCCAUCGCUCCGUCUCUGUGCAGGAUGGUAUCCUGUUAGCCACCGGCUUACAUGUGCAUCGGAGCAGCGCCCACAGUGCUGGGGUGGGCUCAAUUUUUGACAGAGUCCUCACUGAGCUGGUGUCCAAAAUGAAAGAGAUGCAGAUGGACAAAUCAGAGCUGGGAUGCCUCCGAGCCAUCGUCCUGUUCAAUCCAGGUAACUGAGGCCUGGGAAAAUAAUAGCCUCUUCAGUUAGCAGCUCUGAGGAAAGAUGCACGCGAGCUCUUGGAGGCAUAUACCAAACAGAAAUAUCCAGAGCAACCUGGAAGGUUUGCGAAGCUUCUCCUGCGGCUGCCAGCUCUGCGAUCCAUCGGGCUGAAGUGUCUGGAGCACUUGUUUUUCUUCAAACUGAUUGGUGACACCCCUAUCGACACCUUUCUCAUGGAGAUGCUGGAGACACCCCUCCAGAUCACUUGAAUUUUUGCCAGGAUUCCCCAAAAAUUAAGCCAUGGGUGGGAAGGGGCAAACAACAGUGGUGAUUUCUGUGGAAGAGGCCGGGGUCCCGAUCCACUUGUGCCCGUUCUCAUCUCCUUGUUCUUCAGCGCGGGAUGUAUUAAAAGGAUGGGGGAGCUUCUACAGACUCGUAGACGUGGCUUUUUGUAAACUGCUGUACAAUUCAUGGUUUACCUCUAACUGGCAGCUAGGCGAGGCACGGCAUCCUUUAGCUUAUCAACCAUGCCACGUGUACAAUUAAUUGAGUUUAAAUUAUUUUUUCACUUGCAAUAAAAGACAA